AUGGCCAGCCGCGCCAGUCCGCCUCGUCCGCCGUUUCAGGCGCCCCCCACGUUGGCCCCGGCCAAAGCAUCAGAUCGCCUAGCCGUACCUGAAUACCACGUUGUGGAUCCUUUGCUUGGGAAUCUAUCUCCAGAAUCAACACUCCACGCGUUGUUGUCGAUUGAUGCCGUUCCGAACAAUGAACAAGUCGCCCAAGACAUUCUAGCUAAAAGCAUUUCCAAGGCCUCGUCAGCGGAACGAGCACUCGGGAUACGCGCUGCAGUAGCCGCUCAAAAGCUUGGAGAAUGGUAUAAAGAAGUGCAAUCAUGGCCGUGGCCGAAACGGCCGCAUAUUGGGCUUGGAAAGGGGUUUGUCCCUCCUUCCGGCGAGGACGAUACCAGAUACUGGGGAAGCCUGCCGUCCACCGUGGUUGAGGAACGUGAAAAGCGUAUCGAAGAGAUCCGUGACGGAAUGGAAGAGUUGGAAGUCGAAGAACUGAAGGAGCACGUUCUCAAUGCCCACAUUCCAGGCCGGUCUCGGCCUUCAUCAGCUAAUAGCACCAUGUCCGUGCCUCCGCCGCUCAGCUAUGUUCAGCUGAGUGACUUUACUGCCGUCAUUACUGCAACUAUUCUUCGAACGCUGCCGCUCCUAUCCCGCUUGACUUCCCUACUGUCUACAUGGCAUGCGCGACUAGUAGUUUCCAGGCAAAUACCUGGGUUGUUACGAGACUUGCGGUUCGCUAAAUCUGAAGUCAAAGCAGCUUUCGAUCUGUUGAAAUCUUCAACUCCUCCGACCGAGAAGGAUUACUUAUACUGCAUCACUAAUUACCAUGCUAAGCGGGCCGCUCUCGAGUCGAUUGUGUUAUCGGCGGGCCGGCGCAUGGACCGUAUUCUCGAUUUGCUGGAAGGCCGUGAGGAUUCCUUACCUGAGAACUGGAUUGAUGACCUAGAGGCUGUUGAGGCGGAAUUUGCCUCCUGGGUCAUGCAUGCUGAGAAGCGUACUGUUGAGAAUGAAUGGCGUCGACAGUCAGCUCGCCCAAUGGAAACCAUUGUUGAAGAGGUUGGCAGUCCUUUACCCCAAUUACCCCAAGACCCGCUUUCCCAGCAAGCUGGUAAUAUCAAAGCCGUGGCCGCCGUGAAACCAGAAACCAGAGCCAGCCCGCCUUCGCCUUCCCCAUAUCCGUCGGGUUCAGUUGACAAGUGUGAAGUUUUGGAGGUGCCGGCCAUUGAACUGGGUACAGCGCGCGAAACCGUAUCUGAGAAUUCUGCCUCCAAAGCCGCUGCUGCCGCGGAUACAGCUUCUGAGACCAUGGUUGAAAGCAAUUUGAGGCGGAAAACCGGCUGCGUCGAGGCAGUGCCUGAGACCAAUGCUGAGUGUGAUGUUCGCAAUUCCGCCACUCCAGCAGACUCAACACAUAAGACCGUGGCCGAGGACGAAGUGACUUCGGGCCCCCGUAACGUCGCCGCGUCUGCCAAUGCGGUGCCCGAAGCUGUGGUCGAGAACAACACCUCGCCCCAGGCUUCUACCGAAUCAGAAAAGCCGCUAUCUCAGGAUGUUGCUCUACCAGUGUCUAGCUGGUCACCACGAGCGCCCGAAGAAUCUAGGCCUCUUAUUACGGCUGUGCCUGAUAAUGAAAUCAAAAACUACACUGUCUUACCACAAACGGCCGAAUACUCUGGGCCUAUCGUAACGGCCGCGCCUGAUAAUGAAACCAAAAACUCCACUGUCGUUGAAACCAUAACACCAGGGACUCAUACUUCAAACCCAUCAACGCGUUGCGCAACACCCCCAGCAGAUCAUUUAGCAUCUCUUCCCAAUCUCUUUAUGCCCUAUGGCAAUAGCAAGGCGCCUAGUGAUCGACAGCAGUCCGAAGAACCCGAGCAAGAUGAGAAAGGCGCAAAGAAGCCCUUGGAUAGUCCGAUUAAGUUAUCAGAUAAACAGAAAUCUCGUGCGCGGCGGACGUCCAACACAUCUGAUGGCUCCCUGUCUGAUUACCCUUCACUUGUGUCGAGCCCAGAAAUGCCGGAGCCACGGACUUCGUCAUCGAUCUUUGAGACGCCGCCGUAUAGACCAUCAACUUCUACGCGCCAAAAAGACGACCACGACUUGCACGAAGAUCACUUGCUCCACUGGGAGUCUCAAAAGCCUUGCCUUCGGGAUGCGUUCGCGCACGGUCGAACGCUCAGUCUACCGCUGCAACGUUUUAUAAACGACAGAAUUGACGUAAAUUACGACAACGGAUCCAGCAAUGAGGAUGAGUCUAGGCCUAAGAAGUCUCAGUCACCAGCUGAAAGACGUCAAAAGUCCAAAUCUGCCUCGGCCAGGGCUGAACCUCUCAACAGCGCCACUACAGCUCGUCUCAAAAAGCAGCUGACUGCUCAUCCCAGUCUUGAAAGCAUUGGUGCCUACAAAUCAAAGACACAACCUGGCACCGUGAGGACUUUAGCUGGCAAAACUAAAUCUCGGUCAUCCUCCGUAUCCAAAAAGCCCGUUCGGCCCAAGGAUCAAAUGGAUGAGAAAAUAAACUCUAUACUCACCUCCCUUCCAGGCAACAUCCAUCUGGUUUCGGCCGAUCAGGACGAUGAUGCCGUCUCUGUAGCGUCGUCCGUUCCAUUUAGGCGGGAGAGGUUGUCAUCAAACUCACCUCAGGACACCCCGUCACGCAGCUUCACACCUAAUCCAUCCCUCACUCUUCGACCGGCGCUCGCUCGUAGGAGACAUUCACAUGCUCCAGAAGAGAGUUCAGUGAAGCUUUAUCAUCUACAUCGUGGCGGAAAAUCUGCGCCUACCAAACUCUUUGUGCGGACAGUUGGCGAUGGCGAACGCGUCAUGGUGAGGGUCGGUGGUGGAUGGGCGGACUUGGCCGAAUACUUACGUGAAUAUGCCAUCCACCAUGGGUAUCGACACGUAUCUGAGACGCCUCGUGUUGAAGUCGAAGGCCUUUCGCUGCGCGAUUCGCCAUCAUAUUCGCCGCCCUCUAGCCGAGUGCCAUCGGGUAGCGCACGUCCUAUGCCAGCGCGCCCUCGUUCGGUUCUCAGUAGCCGUCCUUCUUCCUCUUUAGCCGUCCGGAAAACCAGGCGUUCAUCCAACGUCUCUGACUUUGGCGAUGUCCGUACAGCCAGUGGAGGUGACGGUCUGAACGUUUCGUUCUCCGCUUUAACCGACAGACGAUUGUCCGUCUCGUCUAAUGUAUCCGCGAGCGCUAUGUCGUCCAUCAGCGAGCUUCGACAUGGAUCUCCGAGCGCCCCCGCUAUCCCCCUUGGUCUCGCUGGACCGAAGCCACGUGCCAAGCAUGCUACCAUAAGCCCAGAGAGUGAGGCUUGGGUAGAGGACGUUCUUGGCCAGGCCCGCCGGAGCACUUCGCUCAGGCCGUUCAAAUAUACCCUGCCGUCUCCAGAGAACAAAGUCGACGGACGCACACCAAUGCUACCCAAGUCUAGGAGUAUCAGCGAUAUCGGCAAAGCUGGCUCCAGCAAACGAGUCGUACUGCGUGGCCUGCGAUAG